GUAAUUAUUUAUUUAAUUAGGAAAAUGUAAUUAAUUAAUUAUACUUGUGAUUUUUUAAAGUAAUAAUGGGUGUAGUGAGGUGAAUUUACAGUUUUUACUGCCUAACCAAUUCAAUAAAAGAAUGAGCGGACUAAAGCCGUAUGUAGCGGCGCUCGGGGUGUAUUUAAUUGAAUUAAGAAUAUUAGACACACAUAGCACAAUGUUCUCAUCACUUCUGGACGCGGCUAGAAGGUCGCCGUUCACCGCGCCCCUCAACCCAGUACAUUGUCAGGCUUCUGAGGAGGCAACAACACCGUUGGGAAUCGAACAGCCUGUCAGUGACAAACCUCUAGCAGUGGCAACACCUCCCGUGCAGCAGGAUUCCUGCGAAUUUGGAUCAUCGAAAUAUUUCGCAUUAUGUGGAUUCAACGGCAUGCUUGCUUGCGGUCUUACCCACACCGCAGUGGUUCCUCUCGACCUGGUGAAGUGCCGGCUGCAGGUCGACCCUGAAAAAUACAGGAACGUGCUGAACGGGUUCAGAGUUUGUGUGCGGGAGGACGGCGUCAGGGGGCUCGCUAAAGGCUGGGCGCCUACCCUCUUUGGAUACUCUUUACAGGGUCUGUUCAAGUUUGGUCUCUAUGAGGUCUUCAAAGUUGGUUACUCUGACUUCUUGGGCGAGGAGACCGCCUACACCUACCGUACGCUGGUGUACCUCGCAGCUUCUGCAUCAGCUGAGGUGUUUGCAGACAUCGCGUUAUCUCCUUUCGAAGCUGUGAAGGUCCGAGUACAGACCAUGCCUGGCUUCGCAAACACACUCCGCGAGGCUUGGCCCAAGAUGGUGCAGAAUGAAGGCUAUGGAACAUUCUUCAAGAGUCUCGCGCCGUUAUGGGGUCGGCAGAUACCAUACACCAUGAUGAAGUUCGCCUGCUUCGAGAGGACCCUCGAGACAUUGUACAAGUACGUUGUGCCAAAACCACGUGCGGAAUGCAGCAAGAACGAGCAACUGGUGGUGACAUUUGCCGCCGGCUACAUCGCUGGCGUGUUCUGCGCUAUCGUUUCACAUCCUGCUGAUACUCUCGUAUCAAAACUAAACCAGGACAAAUCGGCUACAAUCGGAUCAAUCCUGAGCAAGUUGGGAUGGGGGGGCGUGUGGAAGGGACUCGGUGCUAGGAUCGUGAUGAUCGGUACACUCACCGGUCUCCAAUGGUUCAUAUACGACGGAGUCAAAGUAUAUAUGAGAAUGCCGCGGCCACCGCCAGCAGAGAUGCCCGAGUCAUUGCGUCUGAAACUCGAAGCGGCAAAUGCUCAAUAAACCUUUGCAAUCCGUGUAAUAGUUAAGAUCAAACGUUAUUUAUUCACAAAAUA